UUGCGGUGCAGCUCUGUUCGUAUUCCAUUCAUUUCUGCCCACUGAAAAGCUGUGCAAUUUCCACAGGAUGGCCCUUACUCGAGGAAUCUUCAUUGUCGGUGCCAAGCGCACGCCCUUCGGUGCCUUUGGCGGUGUAUUGAAGGAUAAGACCGGUACCGACCUUGCUGAGGUGGCGGCUAAGGCGGCGCUCAGAGCAGGCAACAUCAACCCUGCGAUCAUCGACACCACCAUCAUUGGAAAUGUGUCACACACAGCACCAGAUGCCGCAUACACAGCCAGGCAUGUUGCUCUCCGGUGUGGGGUAACAGUCUCUAAGCCUGCCCUAGGUGUCAAUAGACUGUGCGGGUCUGGCUUCACCUCAAUUGUAUCUGCAACACAGGAGAUACUGGCAGGUGAUGCGGAGGUAGCACUGACGGGAGGAACAGAGAAUAUGAGCAUGGCUCCAUACACACUCAGAGGGGCUAGGUUUGGUACCAGGCUCGGUGAAGACCAAAAGCUUGAGGAUACCCUUUGGGCGACCCUAACCGAUGCACACAUUAAGACCCCUAUGGGAAUCACAGCAGAGACUCUAGGUGCCAAGUAUGAUGUCACCAGGGAAGAUUGUGAUGAAUUUGCAUUGCUUGGGCAACAGCGAUGGGCAGAAGCUAACAAGGCAGGUAUCUUUGAUGCUGAGAUGGCACCAAUCGAGCUGGCCUCCAAGAAGGGACCAAAGUCUGUUACCACCGAUGAACACCCUCGCGAGGCCACUAUGGCUCAGCUUGCCAAGUUACCACCAGUAUUCAAGAAGAAUGGCUUAGUAUCAGCAGGGAACGCAUCGGGUAUCUGUGACGGUGCAGGAGCAGUGAUCCUAGCCAGCGAAGAGGCGGUUGCUAAGCACAACCUCAGGCCCCUCGCUCGGAUCGUCGGGUACAACGUUGCCGGGUGUGACCCCAGCAUCAUGGGCAUUGGACCGGUCUACGCCAUCAGGAAUGCCUUGGAGAGAGCAGGGCUCAAGCUCAGCGACAUGGACCUUGUGGAGGUCAAUGAAGCGUUCGCAGCACAGUUCAUCGCAGUGGAGCGGGAGCUUGGGUUGGACCGUCAGAAGACAAACGUCAACGGGGGUGCUAUUGCUAUGGGUCAUCCUGUGGGGGCCUCUGGGGCCAGGAUCACAGCACACCUAGUCCAUGAGCUCAGACGGAGAGGUAACAAGUAUGGUGUGGGCUCAGCCUGUAUCGGUGGCGGACAAGGAAUAGCUAUUAUCCUAGAAAGCUUGUAAUAUAACCAUCCAGCGACGACUACCAGACCAAACCAUGCCUUUCAACCAUGAAAGAACACAUCUAGAGACAACCGCCAUUUUUCUUUCCUUAUCAAUGACCUUUUACCGGGUUGACUCAGCUUGUAUGAGAUGGCACCAUUUCUUUUCCCCUAACCCUUGCAAUAAAACCGAAAAGCUCCAAGUAAAACAUUUCAAUGCUGGCACCAAAACUGUGCUUUUCAAACAUAAGAACACAUCAACAUCCUUCUUUCACUCAUCUAUGAUUUAAAACUGGUUUUGCUCGGCCUGAAUCGGACUGGUUAUUGUUCUUCUGUUGAAUAUCUUUCAGUCUUAACAAAAAACAGCAAAGGCCACUAGAAUUCGAUGCCAGUAAAACUGCACCUAUGAAACAUAAGACAUUUAGACAAUCAACAGUAGACCUUCUUACAUCUAUGAUUUCUAACUGAUUUUGCUUGGCCUGAAUCGGACUGGGUAUUGCUCUCCCGUUGAAAAGCUUUUGAGUAUUAACAAACAACAAAGACCCCUAGAUUUUGAUACCAGUAAAACAGCAACUGUCAAACAUGAGAAGAAUUAGGCAAUCAAUAGUAAUCCUUCCUUCAUUUGAUUUCUAACUGGAACGGCUCAGCCUGUAUAAGCUUGCAAUUGCAACAAGCAAACACAAGGGUGGUGUUUCACAAAAACUAACAUCUUGACUUGACUUGAACUAUGGCAGGCAAAAGGUGGUCAACAAGUUUUGAUGUGUCUAAUCUAAGAUUUGCAUGCAAAUUAAUUGGUAAUCCAAAAAUCUGGUGUAUUCAAGGUAACUCUUCCACAUUGCAUUUGGAAAUUCCCAAUUAUACAUGUUAUUGCCCUUAUAGACGCUACCAGAUGGAUGUAUUCAUGUUUAAAAUAUAUAGUUUGACAUUCCAGAUGAUCUAAAUUGUAAUGUCAUGUCUAUCUAUCUUUUGUUUGUUUUUUAACAAUACAGGAUUAAUACAUUACAUGAAAAUGUACAGCAUUUGGAUUUGAUGGCGUGAACUUAUUUGCUGUCUGCAAAAAGAUUGUAACUGCAGUUCGAACUACAUAGCUUUGUAUGUUUGUAAAAUGUGUUUCAAAUGAAAUUGCACACUUCAUCUAACUUGUAACAUUAACAAUAUCACCCAAAGGUGAGUGGUUUGAAGGGGUGAAGCUCACUAUCCAUGAGGACCAUUAUUCAUAAGGACUGCUAUUUAUAACGCAUGACAAAAUGUUAAGCAUUCUUUUAUGAAUAGCAGCACUUAUAGGUAGCGAGCAAACAAUAGAUAAUUUACCUCGCUAUUCAUAAGGACCGCCAUUCAUAAGGACCUCUUUUCAUAAGGACCGCUAUCCAUAACACGUGACUAAUUGAAUAGCUGUCAUUUAUAAAUAGCCGUCCGUGUGAAUAGCAAGGAAACCCAUAUGAAGGGUUUUCAGUUUUGGUAGGAAGCUGAUUUGAAAAGAUUUGAUAAUUAAAAUUUGCGUUUUUGUAUUAAUUUCAUUUUAUAGGCAAGCUCAAAAGCAGUGCAUGCCAACAAUACAACAAGAUGAACAAAAUGCCCUCAACUAGAUCAUCAAUUCAUCCUGGUGGGGCUAUAUGAUUGAAAGCCUGAUAAAAUUAACUCCUGGCUGGUCUAUAUUGAAAAAUCUGUAUUAUUUGACUUUACAACAUUUACAUUUACCCCAGAUUAGUAAAGCAAUUUAUUUCUUUGGGUCAGAUUUACUUCAGGUAAUAGUUAAGUUAUUUAGAUAUAAUUGGAUGUUUAUAUCACCAUGUGUAACAUGUGUGUUUAUGAGUGGAAUAAAUUCAUAUGAUGAAAUUAUA